AUGCUUUUUCACCUGAUUGCGCCUUUUUUGGUCUUCACAUACAUCUGGCUUUCCUGCGGCAAGAAUAACGGAGGGCAUCGAGGUAAGUAACACAAAUCUUCACUAAUACUUUCUUUUAGCCAUUACCAAGCCAAAGAAAAGCGACAAAAAAGUGGGCGAUAAAACAACGGAGGAGAAGGGUCCGAAAGGUUCAAAGAAAAAGUCGGAGGCCAAGAAACGACAAGAGCGACAAGAGGACGAGACCUCGUCGCCUGGUGGAUCAUGCAGCAAGAGCUCGAGGAAAGCGGCAAAGAAGAAGGGCAGUCGGCCUUUGGGGACUAAGGUAACAAAUCCGGUUAUUCAUGACAAACUUGAUCAAAUUUUUGAUUUUUAUCUGUUCUGUUUUCAGAGAAAGACAGAGAAAGCGCCAGCGAAGGCAGUCUCCAAGCCGAAAUCAAGACCGAAAACUCCGAAGCCUUUGGAUAACAUGAAUAUAAAUAAGAAGCCCGAUUCAACUGCUGAUGAACAUCGAGAUCUCCCACCGGUCAAGAGAGGGCCUUCCUUCGAUUCACUCAUCAGGAACAUCGAAAAGCAACGCGCCAAGCCGAAGGAGGAUGAUGGUAAGAAUCAUGUUAACACUGUAACUUCUCGAAGAUUAGAUUUUGACAAAAGGCCAACAUUAAUAUUAGAAUAUAUACAUGUCAUACAGAGGAUGCUUGGCUCGCGGUUUACAGAAAACGGCGAGUUUCUUUGGUUGGACAUGGCAAAAACUAAUUUUAUUUUGCGAUUUUCGACAUAAAAUUCUCGUCGAUUUCUGUUAAGCACGAGCCGAAAAUCUCAAAGAUGCCUCAGAAACUUCUUUCUAAUCUUAACGUUACGACAAAUCAAAAACAAAAAUCGUUUUCUACUGUAGAAAAUUUAUGAUUUCAAAUCAUUCCCUCUUAUUUUUAGAGAGCACUGACCUCCGAACUCCCAGCUGGAUAAAGGAACCUCGAAGCAAAUCCAAACUCGAAAAGAACCCGACAGGAGGAAUGGUCAAUGAGCUCCAAACUCCAGCAAAUCCCCCCAAAUCUCCGAAAAAGCCCAAAGUUGAAGCUGAAUCGAAACCGGCAGGAGAACCUGAGGUCAAGAACCCCGGAGAACCUGAGGCCAAGACCCCUCCAGAACCUGAGGUCAAGACCCCUAGAGAACCGUCGAUAAAAGAGUACACUGCCAGAUCUUACAAGGAGCCACCGGAACCCGCACUUGUUGAUAAUCUCGAUACCGGAAGCUGUUAUUUUCCAAUCGAAGCAAAGAAAAAGGAGGUUGGACAUUGGAAAUUGGAUUGA